CCAACGGAACAUGGCCCCUCCAAACACCAAUGUGCAACCUAGAAAACGCGCUCGGAAGCGCAAAAGACGUGUUGCCUCGUCGUCAGAUCUCAAUUCAGAUUCCUCCCCGUCUUCAGGGCCUUCUUCCCCAGUCAUUACCCGCAAAGUACUUGUCAAGCCCAAAGCUCCUGAGUCUCUCCAAGAAAGCUCCGACUCGCAGGACUCGUCUUCAUCCUCGGAGUCUACAUUAAGUCGAGUAGCAUCGCCUGCUCCCAUCACAGGAGGCGACGAAGUAGCUGCGGUACCAGAGGCUCGCCAAAGAGAAUGUCCGUCGUCUCCCCCUCCUAUCGCGAACUCCCCGCCCGCCUUUCUCCCUCCCGAGGAUCCCUCACAUAGCGAGGCGGCGCUCCGAACUCGGUUCAAGAAGUUCUGGAUGGUUUCAGUUGCUGAUGCGUUUAAGAACGAUUUAGAAGAGAUCAGAAAGGAACCAUCUAUGACGAAGGCACGGCUUGCUGUCCUCAUCGACUCUCUUGCCUCCGGAGCGGAUAUUUUUACCUCUUCCCCGAGGUCUGCCAGCUCUCCAGAUGAUCAAGUUAACGAGAUGGAGGUGAUUCUAGGUAGCGAAUAAGUCGUUGUGUGGAGUCUCAUUGGUUUGUUCUAGUACUAAUCAUGUACAAAUCGGCAGUGCACACUGGUGCACUUCUCUUAUGUUAUCCGCGCAUGCGUACAGCGAG